GGAGGGACAGAGGUCACCGACGGAGGAGGGAGGAGAGGAGGCAGAGAUAUAUGAAGAAUUUCUCAUCUGUGACACGUGUGAGGAUGAAGGUGGAACAUCAGUGGAUGAAGAUCUGAGCAGAUCUGGAGCUUCAGUCAGAGGAGACGAGAAAAAGAAGGACACAAAAACAGCUAGUGAUGGAGGAGUGUUGACUACUGGGAAAGCAAAGCUGAACAUUGUGCUGUGUGGAAAUAAUCCAACACUCAAGAACUCAGUGUCUAGAAUGUUUAGAGGGGUAACGAGUAAACCUCAGAAAGAGAGGAGCAAUGUGUUUGUGAAGAAAGAGGAGAAGAUGGAUGGACGGCAGAUGUGUGUAAUAGAGCUCCCAGCUCUCUCUCAGCUCUCAGAGGAGGAAGUGAUGUGUCAGACUCAUCUCUGUUUGUCUCUCUGUGAUCCUGGAGUUCAUGUUUUCAUCCUCGUUACUCCUGUCAGUCCACUUACUAAUGAAGACAGAGCAGAAAUGGAGAAGAUUAAAGGAAUAUUUUAUUCACAAGAGCACUUCAUAGUGCUUUUCAUCACUGAACUCACUGUUGACCAAAGUGUGUCAGAUUUAGUAGAAUCCACAGAAUCUCAGAGGAUUGUGAGUCUCUAUGGGAGCUGGCACAGUGUGAUGGGGUUAAAGGACCAGAGAAACUCAGAACAGAUCUCAGCCCUGUUAGAUCGUAUAGAGAGCAUGAAGACUGAACCCUAUUCUCUUCAUACGUAUAUGAGAGCUUCAGAGAAGAGAGUCAGAAAUGAACUAGAGGAGAAACUGAGAGACAAUGAAAUCGAAGAGCUACAGGAGAAUAUCAAAACACUGGAUGAUGAAGAUUCACCAUCAGAUCCGGGAUGUUUGAGACUCUUGCUCUUUGGGAGGACAGGAAGUGGAAAAUCUGCAACAGGAAACACUAUCCUCAGAAAAAAUGAGUUUCACAGUGAAGCUAGUUCACGUUUGGUGACCACUGUUUGUCAGAAGAGAGUUGGUGAAGUUGAUGGUCGAUCAGUAGCUGUUAUUGAUACUCCAGGACUCUUUAACACAACACUGACGAAUGAACAAGUGCAGGAAGAAAUAAUGAAGUGUAUUUCACUGUCAGCACCUGGACCACAUGCGUUCAUCAUUGUGCUGAGUGUGGGAGGAAUCACUCGAGAAGAGAAAGACACUUUAGACAUGAUCAAGAUGAUCUUUGGCUCAAAAGCAGCAGAUUUCUGCAUUGUUCUCUUCACUAGAGGAGAUGAUCUGAGAGGACAAACAAUAGAAGAAUAUGUAGAGAAAAGUAAAGAUGCUGAUCUCAAGAAACUGAUCAGUGAUUGUGGAAGCAGAUUCCUGGCUUUUAACAACACAGAAACACAAGAUCAGACACAAGUUACUCAUCUGUUAAAUAUGACAGAAGAGAUUAAUCAGGGCCGAUACUUCACUAAUGAGAUGUUUGAGGAGGCAGCGAUCUCCACUGAGCAGAGAAUGGAAAUGAUAGAAGAGCAUGAAAGAACAAAUCUGGCUCAAAUUGAAGAAUUAGAAGCCAAAUAUGACAUGGAAGACAUGAGUAUAAGAAAGAGACUGAAGGAGAAAAAACAAAGGACAGAAGAGGAAAGAGAGAGACUGAAGAACAAGUUCAGAGAACAAGAGGAAAGACUCAGGAGAGAGUUUGAGGAGAAAGAAAAAUCAGAGCAGAAGAAACAAGAGACGGAGGAUCAGAAACAAUCAGAAGAAGAGAAACAGCAAAGAACUGAAUAUGAUCAUAGAAUAGAGAAGAUGAAGAGAGAGACUGAAGAUCAGAGGAUACAGUAUGAAAAACAGCAAGAAGAAAGAGAAGAAAAAGAUAGAAAGAGAAAAGAAGAAUAUAACCAAGACCAAGAAAAUAUGAGAAAUGAUCAUGAACACAUCAUGACAGAGUUAAGAAAAAAGCAGGAAGAGGAAAUAAAAAAGAGAGAUUCAGAGGAACAAAUGAUGAAGGAACAAGAAGAGAAAGAGAGAGAAGAAUGGAAGAGAAAAAUAAAAGAGGCAGAAAGUGGCAAAGAGACUCAAGAGCAAAUGAAACGACAGCAGAGAGAAUGGGAGGAAGAGAAGAACAGACAGAUGAGAGAACGAGAGGACGAGGAAAGAGAGAGACACAAUGACCAGCUGAGAGAAAAACAAGAAGAACUGGAGAACAAGAGAAAGAUUUCUGAAAGAGCGAGAGAAGAAGAACAGAUGAUAGAGGAGGAGAGAGAGAAACAGAAAAGAGAGAGAGAGGAAAAAGAGAGAGAAUAUGAAGAAAAGAUAAAGGAAGUGAAGAGACGUUAUGAGCAGCUGGAGCGAGAGAGAAAAGAGGAGAGGAAGAGAAGAAAACGAGAGGAUGAAGAGAGACGAGUGGAGAAGAGAAAGAGAUGGGAGAAAAUGAUAGAAGAUCUGAAACUAGAGCAAGAGGAGGAGAUCUGGAGAAGAGAAAGAGAAGAGAGAGAAAGAAUAUACAGAGAAGAAAAAGAGUGUGAUGAAAUGAAACAGAAACAUGAAGAUGAAAUAGAGAAGAUGAAGAGGAAACAUCAAGAUGAAGCCAGAGAACAAAGAGAAGAACUGAAUGAUUUCAGAAAGAGAAAAGAGCAGCACGUUCAGGAGCUCAAGGAGAGACUCGAACAACUAUAUGAAAUGUAAAAGGAGCUAAUAGAUAUUCAGUUAUGUCAUGUCAUGUGAAACAUUUCUAUAUUCCUGAAACAUUAGAAAAAGGCAGUCCGGUACUAAAAUCACGCCCAGUUCCGGCGGUGCGAAAACGCCAAAAAGUGGG